CUCACAAGACGCUGGGCCCCAGCUCAUCUCCCUCCCCCUUCUCCCCACUGAGCUGGCAGAAGAGGAGAAGAUCGGGAUUCGCUGCCCUGGGCGGAGCUCCUGGUAUACAGCAGGUGCCCAAAAAGUGUUGGACACGUAGACGAAUCAGCACUGGUCAAGGCUGCAUUCCCACAUAAAAGGGUGUCUGGGUGGCCUGAGCCCCAGCCAUGGCCCGCAUCACCGACCUGCAGCCCUUGGCGGACAGCUCCACCCACGUGUGCGCAACCCCGGUCAUCCUGCUCCCGAUGCGCAGGCGCAACCAGCUGGCCGGUGUGAAGCAUCAGCUCUACCACCCGGCCCUGCCCACCCUGCGCCGCAUGGACAUGGACUCCGUCAGAGGCUGCCUUUCCGAUGAGCACAGCCAGUCCACUACCUACUGCCGAAAAGAUGAAUUUGACAACGCCUACUUCACACUCCUGGGAGUCCCCAACAAACCCCUGCAGUGCUUGGACAUCACACAGACUGGCCGGAGGGUCCACGACAGGUGCCGCGAGGGGAGGCUGGUGCCCAUGGCUCCGGGCAUCAGCAGGGUCGACUGGCCCUGCCUCACGAGCGCCAUCGAGGACUGGUCCCACUUUGUGUCCUCGGCUGGCGAGUUCAAGCUGCCCUGCCUGAGCAACAGGGGGCUUCAGCGGCUACGCGGUGCGGCACCUGAAGCCGGACGUGACCCAGAGCUGGCGGUACUGUCUCAACCAGAGCCCCAGCCUGGAUCGCUACGGACAGAAGCCCCUGCCUUUCGAAUCCCUGAACGCUUUCCGGCGCUUCGGCUCCUCCUACAGUCGUGUCGACUACCUGGUCCCAUGGCAUUAAUCUGCGAAAAGGAGAUAUGGACCCCGGGCUGCUGGACCAUGCCACCACAGGCUCCCCAGCAGGACAAAGGGUGUAUGGUGGCAGCUCCCUAAGAAUACAGCCUGUUUGGAAAUAAACCUAAUGCUCCCAGAGGGAGGC